GGAUUAAAAAAAAAGAAAUCAGAACAUUUUGGCUAAACUGCCCAUGAAUUAAACAAGCAUGGUGUAAAUGCUGUAAAGCUAUGAAUGAGCAGCUGAUUUAGCAGAGUAGAGGACCAAUCCAUGGAUUAGAAGCAUAGAAGAAACGAUGUUGAAAUGAACGCACAGGAUGGAAAAAGGGCCAAGGAAAGAAUUGCUCAAGCUAAAAUGUGGACAAGUAUGAACAAAAUGUUCUUAGCUGAAGAGAUUUGAGGGGUUUGAGAACCGAUGCCAAGCUUCCUAUUGCUGCUUGUAAGCUGAGAAUUUCUGGUCGACGGGACACGAAGAGAACCAAACAAUGGAAUGCCCUCUCCUGCCUGCAUUGCUCACAGCUUCAGAGACUUCAGAGGUUAAACGGCUUAGUUAGCAGUGUACCUCUCCCCCUAGAACGAACGCAGCCAGGGGAAGAAGAGCGUCAAAAACAAAAGAAGGAGAUUUUCCUUUUUUUCCUUUUAAAACAAAGCACCAUACUUUGUUUAAUUUAGCGUUCCAGGGCUGUUGGAUUUUAGUUUAAUCAGGUUUCUAAACAGACACCAUAAUGGAUUUAUCGCCGUAUCUGUGGAUGGUUGUGAUUGGCUUCAUCAUCGCCUUUAUCCUAGCUUUUUCAGUGGGAGCCAACGAUGUAGCAAACUCAUUUGGCACAGCGGUGGGCUCGGGGGUGGUCACGUUGCGCCAAGCCUGUAUCCUCGCCUCUAUUUUCGAAACGCUGGGCUCCAUGCUCCUUGGUGCCAAAGUGGGUGAGACCAUUCGGAAAGGGAUUAUAGAUGUCGGGUUGUACAAUGAAACCGUACCCAUACUGAUGGCAGGCGAGGUCAGCGCCAUGGUCGGGUCUGCGGUUUGGCAGCUCAUUGCCUCAUUCCUCAAGUUGCCCAUUUCUGGAACCCAUUGUAUAGUGGGGUCUACGAUCGGCUUCUCUAUGGUAGCUAUUGGCACCAAAGGAGUACAGUGGAUGCAGCUGGUCAAAAUCGUUGCCUCAUGGUUCAUCUCACCUCUGCUCUCGGGACUCAUGUCUGGUCUACUCUUCUAUGUCAUCAGAUUUUUCAUUCUCAGUAAAGAUGAUCCUGUUCCGAAUGGCCUCCGUGCUCUCCCCCUCUUCUAUGCCGCGACUAUCGGCAUCAACGCGUUCUCCAUCAUGUUCACGGGAGCUCCCUUGUUAGGCCUGGAGAUGCUCCCAGUAUGGGCCAUUGCCCUCAUCACCCUGGCCGGCUCUCUGGUGUGUGCUGCUCUUGUCUGGAUCCUUGUUUGUCCCUGGAUGAGAAGGAAAAUAGCCAGUCAGCUGAAAAAAGAACAUGUUCUUUCGCACAUCUCUGAUGAGAGUCUAGAUAAAAUCCCUGAGGAGGAAGAGGAGGCUCCGGUGUUUAAAGAACUUCCUGGGGCAAAGGGUAAUGAUGACUCUGAACUGCCCUUGACUGGGGAAUCGACUGGAGAGCUUAAUAGCCUGGCCAAUGGUGGAACUGUCCUUCCUAAUGGUCGGGUGUAUGGUCGCACUCACUCCAUGACAAACGGCUGUCUGAAGUCGCCAGUGUCCAAUGGAAGCUUUGCCUUCGAUGGCCACGUCCGGAGCGAUGGCCAGGUAUACCACACCGUGCACAAGGACUCUGGUCUCUACAAGGACCUGCUACACAAGAUCCACGUGGGCCGGCUGGAGGAAGAGCGUCCCGACGUCAGCCACAGGGUCUUGCGUCGAAACAACAGCUACACGUGUUACACAGCAGCCAUCUGCGGCAUGUCUGUACAGCCCCUACUGCGCACAGAGUCCAAUGCUGCAGCCCCACAUGAGGACAGUGAGAAGCUGGUGGGCGAAAGCGUCACCUAUUCUAAGAAGCGCGUCCGUUAUGAUAGUUACUCCAGCUACUGCAACGCAGUAGCCGAGGCCGAAAUCGAGGCGGAGGAAGGGGGCGUGGACGUGAACUUGGGAUCUGAAAAGCUUGAGUCAUUGCAAGGUGCAGAGGAAGUGAUCGAGGACUGCCCUGAUGAGGACAAAGAAGAGAAGGACAAGCCCCAGGUUUUUCUGCUUUUCCACUUCCUGCAGAUCCUCACUGCCUGCUUUGGGUCAUUUGCACAUGGUGGCAAUGAUGUCAGUAAUGCCAUCGGCCCGCUGGUUGCACUGUGGAUGAUCUACGACCAGGGUGGGGUCAUGCAGGAUGCAGCCACUCCUGUCUGGCUCCUGUUGUAUGGUGGGGUUGGUAUCUGUGCUGGCUUAUGGGUGUGGGGACGCCGUGUAAUCCAGACCAUGGGCAAGGACCUCACGCCUAUCACACCUUCCAGUGGAUUCACUAUUGAACUGGCUUCAGCGGUCACUGUUGUGCUGGCGUCCAAUAUUGGACUCCCUAUCAGUACUACGCACUGCAAGGUGGGUUCAGUGGUAGCUGUUGGAUGGCUGCGCUCGCGGAAGGCAGUAGACUGGCGUCUCUUCCGUAACAUUUUCCUGGCUUGGUUCGUCACGGUUCCUGUAGCAGGCCUGUUCAGCGCCGCUGUCAUGGCCCUGUUCGUGUACGGCAUCCUGCCUUUCGUAUGAGGGUGAGGACCAGAGAUGGAGAAUUUAAAGUAAGGUGAUUGGGAAGGUGAUAAUGAUUUUUAAGACCAGGUGAUGGUAAGAUGAAAUGGGACAGAUUUGAAAAAGAUUUAAUAGUGGAUGGCCAUAUAAAGGGUGCUCAGAAAGUUGCCUAGGAUGCAUCUAGAAUCUUUUGAUUAACUGUCCUUUGUUAUCUGUACAAAUGUAUCUUCUUUUUUUUUUUUCCGUUUUAGCUGUUGUAAUGUUAUUGAACACUGUCAGUCUCAUGUUCCAUCCCUAAAACAAUGAAGCAGUAACAAGCACGCACACAAUAAAAAGUUUCUAAUACGAAAUCAUGUGAACAUACCAACAGAAUUUGCUAAAGGUUAAGGGUGUGACUAAUUGAGCAAAUGCUUAGAUCAACACAUAUCAACUUUAUAAACAAACACACAGACAUGUUCGUGCAUGCCUAAUUCACUACACACUGUACUGACACGUGACAAAAAAAGUGUUUCAUACAGCGUCCUAUAGCACAGCUUGGAUCGGCAUAAUUUUAAAAGCACAAAGCUUCAUUGACCUUCAAUAAACGGCUAAUAUGAGGCUUAAUCUGAAAUCUACACUGUAUAAUUCUAACAGAUAUAGUAUACUAUGUCCAUUCAAAUGAAAACAAAACAGUGAUGUAAACUGUUGAACAUUGGAGGCCAUAGAAGGUCUACUCUGCAAUAACUGCUGUAUCUCUUGGAACUUUGACUUGGGGUCCCUAAAAUUAGCUAAAUGUAAAUGUCUAUUAUACCUCAAAUAGCUACCAUUUCAAUAAACGCUAGAAUAUAAUAAUGAGGAGGUAAAGCAUUAUAAAUCUCUGGUGAUGGGUUAAAAAAAAAAAGUUAUCCUAUUUAUGCAGGUUAUUUUUCAUAAAAUAUAUAGUAUUUUAAAGAAUAUUAAGUAAACGACAAAACACUAUCUUGCUUUUAACAGUGUGUGCUAACAUAUCUUCUGUAAAUAUUUUCUGCAAAAGAUUUUAGAUAAGCUCUGUUUAGUUUCUAGACAGCAAUGUGGAGAUUAAGCUUGACAGAGAGGUCAUGAAAAAAAAUUUAUGCAUCAUGGACAUCAAAUCAAGUGAGUGGCUGAAAUGCCAAAACACCGUUCAUUAUUUUUCAUGAUUUUAGAUAGAAGAUUGUAGUCCAGCCCAAUUAUUUUAAUAUUGGAUUCUAAAUUUGAGCCAAGGUUUAAUUCCUGUACAGGAGUUUGUAAAAGGCUAAUAAUCACAACAUUUAUAGGAGGAAAAACAAAAUAAUGUAUAUAUAAAAAAAUACAUUUAGGCACUUUAGAUAUUUGAAAAGAUAGAUGUACAGUACUGUGCAAAAGUCUUGGGCAGUUUUUUUUUUUUUUUGGCAGCAGUCAAAGUUCUCAGACGAACUGUGUGUGGCUCUGCAGGAGCCCCAGUUAAACUUGGUAUAAGUUCCUUAUAGAACUGCACUAAUUGUACUCACUGACUAAAGUGUUGUCAUGCCAAAUACUGUAUUUGUUUUAUUAACUGCUGUUUACUGGUAUUAAUAAUGUUUUUUUCCCUUUUGUUUCCUUUAAAUAUGUUCUUGCUUUAUAGCAUUUCACUGCAUGUGCCUAAGACUUUUGCCCAGUACCAGAUGACGACUUGUUAAGGUUCUUGCACUGAUGUGAUUUCUAUUGGAAAAAGUUUUUGGCCCUAUGCACCAAGACAUCUAAGCAAUACAGCAGGUGCCUCAAUCAUUCUUUUAAACAAUUCACCAAAGAUGAACACAGAUUUCAUAUAUUCCCAGUUAUACUUAAACAUUCAACCAUUAUCUUUUUAGUCUCUUUCAUGUUUUGAAAAGCCAAACACAGUAUCUGUAUAGAAUAUUUAUAUAGAAUGGGACAUGCCCUGCAAGUAGAACCCAACUAAAAUGCCAAGAUGUGCAGAUAUAGCCAAAAUCUCCUUUAAUAGUACAGUACAGUGCAUUGUACCAGCACAUACUUAAAUGUGCGCGCACACACACACAUACAUACACGCACACACAAACAUGCACACAAACACCAGCAUUUGUGCAUACAGUUUGAGAAAGACAGUGUUUUUGUAAUCCAGUAUAGGUAAACAUGGCCACUGGUGAGACACAAUAUGAUGUUUCUCAUCGACUGUAGUGUACUGUACUCAACUUAUUCCACAACCUGUUUCAAAUCAGGCCAUAAAAGGUCAGUGUAAAAAAAAAAAAAAGUUACUAGUUGCUCAUUUACAAAAUAUGAUGGUCAUAUGCGUUUGGUGCUGGUUUCAAAAGAAAAAGAAAAAAACAACACUUUAAUGCUCUGCCUACAAAACAUGGCAAAACAUGAACCAAUGCAAAGUGUUAACUUUAUUUUCUUGUGAGUGUAUUAUACUUUGUUGUUUUUGUUUUUCUCUCUCAUCAUGAACAAAUCUAUGCUUCAGUGCCCAUUUGCCUUGUAAUAUUGUGCUUUAAUGUUUGUCGAAUACAGUAACUUCAGUACUGUGGUGUUUACAUUAUCACACAUAGGUAGAAAUAACUGUUGCCUAAAAAUGACAAAACUAUUUACUACACAGAUAUGUAUAAGAUAUACAGGAAAAGUGUGAGGUGUCUCCUGUUGUUUUGUGUUUUAGUUUGUUGCAGUGUGAGUUAUGAUCAUGUGUUACUUUUACACUGCUACGUAUACAUAGUUUAAAAUGAAUAAAACUGUAAAGAUAGGUGUGAUUUAAAAAAAAUUAUUAGAUAUAUAAAUAUCAUUCAGACUAUAUUUUUCUACAUACGAGUUUUACCUUGAGUGCUGAAUUUUGGAGUGAGAGAGAGAGAGAGAGAGAGCAAGCGAGCUAGGCUAAAAAUGAGUCCUAGUACAAAUUUGUUAUAUUGAAGAGAAAUCGAUCUACAUACCGUAUAUACUAAUAAAGUGCUCUCGAUUAAUGCAAUAUAUAACAGUAUCAUUCAGGUAAGGGUUAAAUAUCAUUUAAAAUAGUCUUGGAGAUUCCACAUAUCAAUUAUCGUUGGAAUUCUAUCCCUUGUUUAUAAGCGUAGUGGCUUAUUCUUCAAAUACAGCAAUUUUACAGAUUAUUUUUGGGAUGUUCUAUGACAGAAGUACUGACAUUGGUUAUGGCAGUUUUUGACUAAUUUCACUUUAAAGCAGCAGAUGUAAUUUUCAGCCCCCACCCUCUUUGUUGCUUAAACAAACAUUAGGUGUGAGCAGUGAAACCUCAUGUGACCGGUGUUUCUUUGGGACUGCAGUAGCACGUGUGACCACAGGAUGGUAGCAUUUAACUGUUGUAAACAGCCUCCAUUUAGGCCGAGUGUUUCAUAAAGCUCUAAAAUUACUUAGCCAUUAUCUAAACCUAACAUGAUCCAACAUAAUAUCAACUUGGUGUACAGUAUCGUAAUUAGGGGAAUUGAAAAAUGUGCAAAGUAAUUAUGCAGUUAAUGCAUAGAUCAAAGUUUUGCCUGGUAUCAUAUCAGCAUUCUCCUAAAUGGGGUUGCACUAAUUAUUAUAAUAAAAAAAAAAAAAAAUAGUCUUCUCAUUUACAAUGAAAACCUAGAGCGACUGUAGCCUGCUCCCCUGCUGAUGCCUGCUACAUGUUUUCCCUGUGCCGCCAUGCUCUACACUGUCUGGUACCCCCUUAAAACAGGGCCAUAGACCUAAAUGCUACCCUUAUCUGCAUAUGUACUGUAUUACUGUUUGUUUCGUUUUGGAAUUUUUGUGAGUUGUCUGCAUUUUGAACUAAUUAAAUUAUGGGAAUUAAAAUGACAAAGAAUAACA